UCAGAGAGAAACGGGGGAGUCUGGAAUUUGUGGGUCAGGAUAGAAUUAGGCGUCGGGGGAGUCUGAAGAGCUCGAGUACGGAGGGGGUUAUUUGGAUUGCGGAAUCCUCUGAAGAGGGUUGGAAUUGUGGGAGCCCCGGGUUGGGGGACUUCUAAAGGGGAUGAAGAUUCUGGAAGUCUGAAGAUGGAGUAGGGGUACCAAGGAAGGGAUUAUGAAGUCUGAAGAGUAGUGGGAGGACUGGGGAGACUGGGGAGGUGGAAGGAGGAGAGGGGCUGAGGAAAGAAGUGGGUGUGAAAGGACCCGGAGCUUGGGGGGUGAGAACGGGGAGGGCUGCUAAGGAGUUCCGGGACUCCGGGUCUGAAGGGAGAAGUUAGGGAGCUGUGAAUAGGAGGUUUUGGAGGAGGUGAGAUUUAUUUGGGGUGCGCUGUUCUACGGGGAAGAGGAGAAGAUUGGGAGAUAGGAAGAAGAGGAGGAAUGUGAUGAGGCCGAGACCUCAUUGAUGAGGAGAGGCCGAAGGGGGGAUCCAGAGAGUGAGUAUCUGGAGUGUUUUGAGGAGGGGUUCUGAAGAACUGAUGGAACGCAGACAAAGCUCAGCAAAGGGUUGGCGGCGCCGGAGGCUAAGGUAGCCUGGACAAGACCUUCACAGCCUGGUGCAACUCCCACCUGAGGAAGGCCGGCACGCAGAUCGAGAACAUCGACGAGGACUUCCGAGACGGGCUCAAGCUCAUGCUCCUCCUGGAGGUCAUUUCAGGGGAGCGGUUACCUAAGCCGGAGCGGGGCAAGAUGAGAGUGCACAAAAUCAACAAUGUGAACAAGGCACUGGACUUCAUCGCCAGCAAAGGAGUCAAGCUGGUCUCCAUUGGGGCGGAAGAGAUUGUGGACGGCAACGCAAAGAUGACCCUGGGAAUGAUCUGGACCAUCAUCCUCAGGUUCGCCAUCCAGGACAUCUCUGUGGAAGAGACCUCUGCCAAGGAAGGGCUCCUUCUCUGGUGCCAGAGAAAGACGGCCCCGUACAAGAACGUCAACGUGCAGAACUUCCACAUCAGCUGGAAGGACGGUCUUGCUUUCAAUGCCCUGAUCCACCGGCACAGACCAGAGCUGAUUGAGUACGACAAGCUGAGAAAGGACGACCCCGUCACCAACCUGAACAAUGCCUUUGAAGUGGCUGAGAAAUACCUAGACAUCCCCAAGAUGUUGGAUGCAGAGGACAUCGUGAACACGGCCCGGCCCGACGAGAAGGCCAUAAUGACCUAUGUGUCCAGCUUCUACCAUGCCUUUUCAGGAGCGCAGAAGGCUGAGACUGCUGCCAACCGGAUUUGCAAGGUGCUGGCUGUCAACCAGGAGAAUGAACACCUGAUGGAAGAUUAUGAGAGGCUGGCCAGCGACCUCCUGGAGUGGAUCCGGCGCACCAUCCCCUGGCUGGAGGACCGCGUGCCCCAGAAGACCAUCCAGGAGAUGCAGCAGAAGCUGGAGGACUUCCGCGACUACCGGCGCGUCCAUAAGCCGCCCAAGGUGCAGGAGAAGUGCCAGCUGGAGAUCAACUUCAACACGCUGCAGACCAAGCUGCGCCUCAGCAACCGGCCCGCCUUCAUGCCCUCCGAGGGCAGGAUGGUCUCGGACAUCAACAACGGCUGGCAGCACCUGGAGCAGGCCGAGAAGGGCUACGAGGAGUGGCUGCUGAACGAGAUCCGCAGGUUGGAGCGGCUCGACCACCUGGCAGAGAAGUUCCGGCAGAAGGCCUCCAUCCACGAGGCCUGGACCGACGGGAAGGAGGUGAUGCUGAAGCACCGGGACUAUGAGACGGCCACCCUGUCGGACAUCAAAGCCCUCAUCCGCAAGCACGAGGCCUUCGAGAGCGACCUGGCCGCGCACCAGGACCGCGUGGAGCAGAUCGCCGCUAUCGCCCAGGAGCUCAACGAGCUGGAUUACUACGACUCCCACAACGUCAACACCCGCUGCCAGAAGAUCUGCGACCAGUGGGAUGCCCUUGGCUCUCUGACCCACAGUCGCAGGGAAGCCCUGGAGAAAACGGAGAAGCAGCUGGAGACCAUUGACCAGCUGCACCUGGAGUAUGCCAAGCGGGCAGCCCCCUUCAACAACUGGAUGGAGAGCGCCAUGGAGGACCUCCAGGACAUGUUCAUCGUCCACACCAUCGAGGAAAUCGAGGGCCUGAUCUCAGCCCACGACCAGUUCAAGUCGACACUGCCGGACGCCGACAGGGAACGGGAGGCCAUCCUGGCCAUCCACAAGGAGGCCCAGAGGAUCGCCGAGAGCAACCACAUCAAGCUGUCAGGCAGCAACCCCUACACCACCGUCACCCCCCAGAUCAUCAACUCCAAGUGGGAGAAGGUGCAGCAGCUGGUGCCCAAGCGGGACCACGCCCUCCUGGAGGAGCAGAGCAAGCAGCAGUCCAAUGAGCACCUCCGCCGCCAGUUCGCCAGCCAGGCCAACAUCGUGGGGCCCUGGAUCCAGACUAAGAUGGAGGAGAUCGGGCGCAUCUCCAUCGAGAUGAAUGGGACUCUGGAGGACCAGCUGAGCCACCUGAAGCAGUAUGAGCGCAGCAUUGUGGACUACAAGCCGAACCUGGACCUGCUGGAGCAGCAGCACCAGCUCAUCCAGGAGGCCCUCAUCUUCGACAACAAGCACACCAACUACACCAUGGAGCACAUCCGCGUGGGCUGGGAGCAGCUGCUCACCACCAUCGCCCGCACCAUCAACGAGGUCGAGAACCAGAUCCUCACCCGCGAUGCCAAAGGCAUCAGCCAAGAGCAGAUGCAGGAGUUCCGGGCGUCCUUCAAUCACUUCGACAAGGACCACGGCGGGGCGCUGGGGCCAGAGGAGUUCAAGGCCUGCCUCAUCAGCCUGGGCUACGACGUGGAGAAUGACCGGCAGGGCGAUGCCGAGUUCAACCGCAUCAUGAGCGUGGUUGACCCCAACCACAGCGGCCUCGUGACCUUCCAAGCCUUCAUCGACUUCAUGUCGAGGGAGACCACCGACACAGACACGGCCGACCAGGUCAUCGCCUCCUUCAAGGUCCUGGCCGGGGACAAGAACUUCAUCACAGCCGAGGAGCUGCGGAGAGAGCUGCCCCCCGACCAGGCCGAGUACUGCAUCGCCCGCAUGGCCCCAUACCAGGGCCCUGAUGCCGUGCCCGGGGCCCUCGACUACAAGUCCUUCUCCACAGCCCUGUACGGCGAGAGCGACCUGUGAGGCCCCCACCAGAGAAACCCUGACCAAACACCCCUCCUCACAGCCUCCAGGAGGGGCUGGGGGAGCUUUUCUGCCCACCCCCACCCCCCCCCCCCACUGCAAGGGCACCCCCUGGCCCCGCUCCUCUGACUCUGUAUCUAUGCAAAGCACUCUCUGUCAGUCCUUUCUGGGCGGGAGUGGGGUGGGCAGGGAGGGGCUGGGGCAGGCUCUCUCCUCUCUCUUUGUCAGUGGGCCAGGAGGAUCUCCCCCUCCCCCUGGACGGGGGUGUGGGAGGCUUCCGGGGUCAGCGCUUCUGGUCUGGUAAAUAUAUAUGAUGUGUUGUUUUGUUUUGUUUUUUUAACUCUGUGGAGGGGACAGUGGAUCCUCACAGUAAAACAGGCCCCCUCCAAGCCCUAGAAACGCCCACCCCUCACCACCCCCCUGGUCCAUUUCUUCUCCCCUGAGGUCCCUUCAAGGCCUCCCACAUCCAGGCCAAAGCCCGACGUGCCUUGUCCAGGAACCGCCCGGGCCUGCGAUGGGCCCCGUAGAGGGUGCCACAGCUGCCCGGCAGGAAAGAGGACCAGCCUGCUCCCUGCUCCCUUGUCCCCUCCCCUCACUUGGCAUCGCCAGGAGAUGAGGGGGUUCAGCUCAGUCCCCCCUCUUCUGCACCAGGAGUGGGGUUGGGCAGACCAGCCUCCCACCCUCACCCCCAGCCAGCCCCCACCUUGCUUUGUCUGGACCUGCGUAUCUCUCAGAUUUUCUAAGGACCCCCUCCACCGGCAAAAAAAAAAAAAAAGAAAAAAAGAAAAAAAACACACACACAAAACACACACAAAAAAAACACACAAAAAUCCACAAAAAAAAAAAACUAUGAAAAAAACUUUCAGAGAAUUACUAUUUACUUUAUUAACUUACGGAUUUAUUAUAUAAAUAUAUAUUCACCUAGCAGCAUAUCUUCGCCGCCUCUUGCUCUCAUAAUGAAGACAUAGCUGAUUUGCUCCCCUCCCCCAGCCCCUUACUGAUUUCUCUGAUGUCUGCCGUCGGUGUGGGUCUCUGGGGACCCCCCCCCCCCGAGGCGGAGGGUGGGCUGCUGGCCUAGCUGCCUGUUAGUGGAUGGUUUCACUCCACCACCUCCCCCCCCCUUUUUUUUGAGUUUAUUCCGAUUGAUUAUUUUUUUUCUCGGUUUCUGGAUAAACCACCCUUCUGGGGACAGGAUAAUAAAACAUGUAAUAUUUUUAAGAAGGA